AUGAUUAUUGAAAAUUUAGAAGUUACAAAAUGGAAAAUCCCCUCCUAUCCUCCCGAUGAGGCGGACAAGAAGAUCGUUGUUUGCUGGAAGCUCCCCCCUGGCUUUGAUCGCUUCAACAACAGCACCAAGAAAAAGAGACGGAUGACUAGAUGGUCAAACCCCAAGCUUCACUGGUUUAAACUGAAUUUUGAUGGCUCUGCUCAAUGCAACUGUCAAGCAGGUGGUGGAGUCAUCAGGGAUCAUCUAGGGAACAUGGUUGCAGCCUAUGCUGGAAACCUAAGGGAUAAUACAGUCACUCAAGCUAAAGGAAUGGCCCUCCUUUGGGGUCUGAAAAUGGCUAACUCCAUAGGAAUAAAACACCUAGAAAUUGAAGGAGAUUCUCAAAUCAAUAUUGAUUCUACCAAAGGAAACACUUCAGCGGGAUGGAGAGUGAAACCUAUUCUGAGGGACAUCAGGUGCUUUCUGGUCAAAAUGGAGGACUUCACUAUAUGCCACAUCUUCAGAGAAGGAAACAGAGCCGAUGAUUCCAUGGCAGCUGAAGGAAGGUUGCAGAAUGGCUUACGAUGCUAG